AUGAAGCGAAAACAGAAGCGUUUCUUGCAGAUGACCGGCCUGGUAAUCGUGGCACUGAUUUUCUUGCCCAACGUUGGACUAUGGUCCCUUUACAAAGAGAAGCACUUGGAUAAAUCUACUGAGUCGGGAGAUCAGGGGUUCCCAUUCAUCCCAAAUGUAGACCGUUCCUACGGCUGGCCGGACGGAUUGAAGAGGAUAGACUGGCACAACUAUCAGAGCAUUCAGGAGGAUCUCAUGCGCUCAGGAAAGGGUGAGCACGGGAAGCCGUACCCACUGGCGGAGGAGGAUCAGUCCGAUUCAAUGUACAGAGAAAACGGCUUCAACAUUUUUGUCAGCAACAACAUCGCCUUGGACCGCUCUCUGCCUGAUAUUCGCCAUCCAAACUGCAAGCAGAAACUGUACCUGGAGAAGUUGCCGAACACCAGCAUCAUCAUCCCCUUCCACAACGAGGGAUGGUCGUCGCUCCUGCGGACGGUGUACAGCGUGGUCAACCGCUCGCCAGAUCAGUUGGUGGCAGAAAUCAUUCUGGUGGACGACUACAGCGACAGGGAGCACUUGAAAGAACGUUUAGAGGAAUACAUGUCUAGAUUUCCAAAAGUGAGGAUCAUACGCACCAAAAAGAGAGAAGGUCUGAUCCGGACCAGGUUACUUGGAGCUUCAGUGGCCAAAGGCGAAGUGUUGACCUUCCUGGACUCCCACUGUGAGACUAACGUGAACUGGUUGCCGCCACUACUUGAUCAGAUUGCACAGAACCACAGGACGAUCGCCUGCCCGAUGAUUGACGUCAUUGACCACAACCACUUUGGCUACGAGACACAGGCAGGAGAUGCCAUGCGGGGAGCCUUUGACUGGGAGAUGUACUACAAGCGCAUCCCCAUCCCUCCGGAGCUGCAGAGAGCCGACCCCAGCGAACCCUUCGAAUCCCCUGUUAUGGCUGGAGGGCUUUUUGCCGUGGACCAGCGGUGGUUCUGGGAGCUGGGUGGCUAUGACCCAGGGCUGGAGAUCUGGGGAGGGGAGCAAUACGAGAUAUCAUUCAAGGUUUGGAUGUGCGGGGGACAUAUGUACGACGCGCCUUGCUCCCGGGUCGGUCACAUCUACAGGAAGUACGUCCCCUACAAGGUUCCCUCCGGCACCAGCUUGGCAAGGAACCUGAAGCGAGUGGCGGAAACGUGGAUGGAUGAAUACGCCGAGUUCAUCUACCACCGGAGGCCCGAGUAUCGGCACCUCUCCACCGGCGACAUCACCGCGCAGAAGGUCCUGCGGAAGCAUCUCAAGUGCAAGGACUUCAAGUGGUUCAUGACGGAGGUAGCCUGGGACCUGCCCAAGUACUACCCGCCUGUGGAACCCUCACCAGCCGCUUGGGGAGAAAUCCGGAACGCGGCCACCAACCGAUGUGUGGACAGUAAGCACGGGGCGACAGGAGCAGACCUAAGGCUCGACAUCUGCAUCAAGGAUGGUUCUGAACGCACGUGGUCACACGAGCAGAUAUUCACCUUUGGUUGGCGAGAGGACAUUCGGCCUGGAGAGCCACUACACACCAGGAAGUUCUGUUUUGAUGCUAUAUCCCACAGCAGCUUUGUCACUCUGUACGACUGCCACGGUAUGAAGGGCAACCAACACUGGCGCUAUCGGAAGGAUAAAACCCUGUAUCACCCUGUGAGCAACAGCUGCAUGGACUGCAGCCGAGCCGACAAGAAGAUUUUCAUGAGCCGAUGUAACCCCUCAGUGCACACCCAACAGUGGAUUUUCCAACACGUCAAUGUGACUGUUCUGGACAAAUUCAACAGUAACUCCAGCUCAUAGUGGGACAUCUUUGCCGCAGCGGAGAUUGUGCACAUGUGGCGAGUCAGUUCUUCGGCUGGUGCUGACCGCGUCCAGAUCAGAUUCGUUCAGGUGUCGAGUUUCGUAGGUACGGGGGUAGUGAUGCGGGGCGGGAUGGGGUGUGCGUGUGUGCUUGUGCGCGGGGCGGGGCAGGGCAGCGGGCUCAUUCUCAGGAUCGGUGGCGGCCGCAGCCAAAACUAUGAACGCGACUGACGCACUUUGGAUGGAAGAUGGGGGAAGAUGAAAAAAAUAACGAACCUCACUAGCUGUCACGACAACGUGGAAAGGCUCGCGAGGGCUCGGGGGUGCCUUGCUGGUCAAGAGCGGACUGGUUUUACUGGUGCACUGGACUUAACGAAAGAGAGCUGGAAUUCUGCAGAAUCUCAGGUCAAUUCUGCUCCUGUGUAUCUCGAAGUGGAUGCUGAUUGCACUUUUUGUUCUAGGGCAGGUCACAGCUCGACUGAUCAGCAAAGUGCAUGGCUGAUUCCAAGUCAAACCUGUUGACCAGACCCUACAGAAGAGCUAGCCAGUAUCCAACAAUUAUACUGAGCUUUUUUUUAAAAGAAAAAAACCCUGUUUGGGCUUUGUGAACAACUGUCUUUUCUUUUUUUUGUAUGUAUUAAAUUGGAAAACAAAA